UUUGUCCAGUCGUGCAUAGGCCACAGGCUAGUCACUGAACCUUAUGCUGCCCUAUUGAACCAAAUGCACGGUCUGGUGGAUGGGACUGUGCAAGAUGUGUUUCGGUGUGCUGCAAACUGCCAGUUGGUUGUGGAUCAAUCUGAGGAGGAAGCUACCACUAUCCUAGCUAACCCUCAAGGUUCUCUCUUGUCACAGGAUGUUUCUGCUGUGUUGGCUGCACAUGACACUGGUGGUAUCAGCCAUGUGAGAGGUGUGGGAUCUGAUAUCCCUCAGCUCCCAACUAUUGCCCGUCCUGCCUGUACGCCGAGAAGUGAACUCGCUAACCUGCAGGAACGAGAUGAGGUUUUGGGCAGAGUUUUCUUUUAUGUCCGGCGUCACAAGAGGCCUACCAGGCAUGAACGUGCUGGCGAGUCCCGUGGGGUAAUGAAAUUACUCAGACAUUGGUCCAGACUCUUGAUUAAAGAUGGUAUGUUGUAUAAGGUGAAGAAAGACAGGAACAUGAACAUGACGAUUUACCAGUUUGUUGUCCCAGACACUCUGAAGACUGAAGUUCUCCGAGGCAUCCAUGAUGCAGCGGGUCAUCAGGGUCAAGUCCGCACCCUGUCUCUUGCCAGGCAGAGAUUCUUUUGGACAGGGAUGGAGCGUGACAUCAUCGAUCAUGUGAAAAGCUGUUUUCGUUGUGUGGUUGGGAAAACCCCGGAGCCGAAUGACCGUGCCACACUGGAGAGCAUUUGUACCACUGAACCGAUGGAGCUAGUCUGCAUCGACUUCUGGACUGCUGAACAGACUGACAAGAAGUGCGUUGAUGUUUUGGUUGUCACAGACCAUUUUUCCAAAUUAGCGCAUGCAUUCCCUUGUAAGAAUCAGUCUGCCAAGCAGGUUGCUCGCCGCCUGUGGAAUGACUUUUUCUGUGUAUACGGCUUUCCCAGACGUAUACACUCUGAUCAAGGAGCUAACUUUGAGAGUCAACUCAUUAAGGAGCUCCUGGACAUGGCUGGCAUCCAGAAAUCACACACCACUCCUUACCACCCAAUGGGGAAUGGUAUUGUCGAGCGAUACAACAGGACCUUGGGGAACAUGAUACGGGCUUUGCCCCCUCAAUCCAAAGCCAGGUGGCCGCAAAUGCUUCAGAUGUUGACGUUCUGCUACAAUUGCACUGAACAUGAAACAACGGGUUUCGCACCUUUUUUUCUCAUAUUUGGGAGAAUUCCUCGUCUGCCUGUUGAUGUUGUUUUCCAGCAUGUUCUCCCUGAUGGUGCUGUUGUUGACCACAGUGAAUUUGUCGCCCAUUUAAAGCGUGACCUGUCUGAGGCUGCCCGCAUUGCCAGGCAGAACAGCCGUGUUGCCCAGGCCCGGCAGGCGAGGAAUUAUGACCGCAAGGCUAAGGGUGCGCCCCUCUCAGUCGGUGACAGAGUCUUGCUCGCUAAUCGUGGUGAGAGAGGAAAGAGGAAGAUCGCUGACAAAUGGGAAUCCACAGUUUUUGAGGUGGCAUCUGUGAAACCUGACAUCAAUGUGUACCACAUCAGAGACCCUGUGUCACUAAGGGAAAAAGUUGUUCACCGAAACCUACUACUUCCUGUGAGUUUCCUUCCUGCAGGAAUUGAAUGCCUGCCGGUGUCAACCUGCCCCUCGGUUGCGGAUAGCGGACAAGGUGAACCUGAACUUCCAGGUGAUGUGCAGGAUGGUGAGACGAAGACAGUCCGCUGGCUCAUGCAGAUGGACCAGGCGAGUGAUAGGGACUCUGCGGUUGGUCAAACUGGUUGUUCUCUUGAUGUGGCUUUGAGCAUCCCAAACUCUGAGGCAGGAUCGACUGUGGCUCCGCCUGCUGUGUGUGACCCGGUGGUUUCCCAGUUGCCCUCACCUGCCCCCUCUGUUGAAUGUGUUGUGUCCCGGAGUGUCUCCUCGCAGCUUCUGGCGGAAGAUGCUCAACAUGUUCUUUCCCCUGAUCUUGUGACUGACACACGACUGAGUACAGAGGGCCAUGUGGUGCGAACACAGCCACCACCUCUUUGUACUAGAUCAGGUAGACCUGUGAAACCUCCAACACGUCUUAUUUGUGAGAUGAAUGAACAACAUGUUGAUGAUUCAGUGUCAACAGUUGACUCCUUGUUUUCAUUUGUGCGUAAUAUGUUUUCAGGAUAGAUUACUAGGUGUUUUGCAAAUGUGCUGCUACUCAGAACGUUUUGGGUAAUUCCUUCUUGGAGCAAUGUUCACAUCAUGGGAGGUGUAUAUGGCAUCUUUCAUAUCUGGGUUGGCAGGGGAAUUGGCCGCUCUCUUGCUUACCUUAUUCCAUAUGGAAAGUUUUUUUAACUGACUUGAACUAUAUUGUGCUCCUACGGUCACACUGUUAUGUUUUAUGCAUUGGACGUUUCCUGUUUUUCUGUUUGUCAUGCCCCAAUUUAGCAGGAUUUAAGGGGGGUGUGUGUAACAUAGUUAAAUAGAGUCGAAGUUAAAUCCCGCUAAAUGGGACAUUGGCGCCACCUACUGUUGUAAAAGUCACCCUGCAACAUUCACAAAGGGCAAGGGAUUCUGGGUAAUCCUCAGAAUAAUGGAGGAUUCCCGCGAGGUAAGGAAUGCGCAAAUGUCGUGGGGAAGAAAAAUCAUAUUGCAGAUCUUGUGCUGCUUGCCCACGCCAUUAAAAGAGAGCAUUCUAACCAUUGCCUUUUUGUUGUGAAUGCAGGUAUGUGACUGUGCCACACUGUUUAGAGGAUUUCAAAUUGUUUCAUGUACAGUUUUGAAAUAUAUUUCUGUAUUCCUUUCAUUUCGGAAAUUUAACAUGCAAUGUUAAUGGUGUUGAGCUUUUUCUAUUUUGGUUGUAUAAAUUUAUCACUAUACGAUCGCACUGCAAGUGGAAAUGUAAUCCUGAGAAUAAUGGAGGAUUCCCGCGAGAUCUUGUGCUGCUUGCCUACGCCAUUAAAAGAGAGCAUUCUAACCAUUGCCUUUUUG